AUGCUUCCCGUUUCAACUUUUCGUCAAGCUGCUGUUAUAUCUACUCGACGUACAGCUAUUGCUAUGAGCAUGCCAAGAGCUGUAGCCAAUCCUAUCGCUUUUCAUCUUCGUCGUACAUAUGCUACAAAUGAUAAUAAUGAUUCAUCAAAAGAUGCUGAAGGGGUCAAGAAAGCAGAAGAGGAAGUGAAGCAAGAACAACAACAAAACACAGAAGCUACGGCAGGAACUACUGAGGAAUUAUCUGAGGAAGUGAAAAAGAUGUUGGCUGAAAAGGAUAAGCAAAUUGCAGAAAUGAAGAAUGCUUAUAUUCGUUGUCUUGCUGACCAAGAAAAUCUUCGUGAACGUAGUCGUAAAGAAUUAGAGACUACAAAGGAAUACGCCAUUCAAAAGUUUGCAAAGGAUUUAUUAGAUACAGUCGAUAUUUUGAAUAUGGCUUUAACAGCUGUGCCAAAAGAAUUAUUGAAUGAAAAGAACUGCGGAACAUCAUCAUCAUCAUCGUCAGAAAUCGUAAAGGAUGCUGAAAAGCUUUUGGAUCAAUUGAAUAACUUAUAUACCGGUGUCUCUAUGACAGAGGCGGAAUUGAUCAAGGCUUUGAAGCGUCAUGGUGUAGAACGUGACAAUCCUGACGGUCAAACUUUCGAUCCCAAUAAGCAUCAAGCGUUAUUCCAAGCACCCAUGGCCGACAAAGAACCAGGUACCAUUUUCGCUGUUCAAAAGAUGGGUUAUACAUUGAAAGGUCGCGUACUGCGCCCUGCUCAAGUUGGUGUUGUUGCUGAAUCACAGUAA